AUGUAUAGAACGGCCUACCAAUGCGGCCUUCUUUCUAUAUUCUUCUCAGUUGGCCAAAAACCACUCCUAAAUUGGAAGGCCGAGGCUAAAUCGGGAAACAUAAAACGCCUGACGGACCCAGCCAUACGCUCACUUGUUUUGGACAUACGUGGCACUAAUUUUUGCACAAAAAUGCCUCUGUUCCUCCAUCCUGGCUGGAAUACUGUGGUAUUCGAUCUAAACCGACUCAUGGAAUACUGUUAUAAACAAAGACUCCUGGAAGUUACCCGAGUGAGAAUAAACGCCAAUUGCCGUCUCAGGCGGGUCUACUUUUGCGAUCGAGCAUAUAGUGACGACGAAAUACCGAAGGAUUACCGCAUUCAGGUCCUCCAAUGA